AUGUCAUUAAAACAACAAGUUUGUUUGUCUCAAAAAGGCAGUGCUUUUGAAGAAUUAAACUUUUGGCGAUUUCGCGAUUGUUGUACCCUUAAAAGUGAUAUACUAAAUUCCCCACGACAUUUGGUUCGAACAAUUCAUAGACCCACGUUAACUAGAUAUCGUCAAGCUUCAAAUUCCAAUAUUCUUAAUCCACAUCAUUUGGCCAUUUUCUCGACUUGGAUGGAAAAGAGAAAUUCAUAUUACAAAAUACACAACAAUCCUCAUAAAUUUAAAACAUUAUAUCAUCAAUUAUUAUGUGAUGAAUUUUUUUUCAAAUCAAAUAUCAUGGAUCUUGAAACAGUUCAUACAUCUUGUAAUAACGCAAAAACUAUUUUAAUUGUGGCAAAGGUCAAAGAUUCAGAUCAAUUGGUUGGAGGAUUUAUUCCAAUUCGAUUAAGAAAACCUAAAGAUUCGGUCGUGGGAAAUAGAAAAUCUAAUUCAUUUUCCUCUACAAAAGAAAGUUUUAUUUUCUUCUUUACGAAUUGCAAUGAUGUUAAAACAGGAAAAUUCGCUUACGUCACCGAAACAAAAUAUGCUAUAAAUUAUAAUGACAAAUGUGAAAUUGGAUUUGGUCGCGGUCAUGAUUUAGAAUGCAAAAGUGACGGCAAUUGGACAAGCACGCCUACUUCUUACCCUUCAAUCGGUAUUCCAGCCGUUUUUAAAAUAUCACAAUUCGAAAUAUUCGAGGUCAUUAGAUUCUUUAACGGCGAAUAA